AUGUUCAGAAGGCGUUCUUCCUCAGACCUCAAGCUGGUGCCUCUCGGGGACAGGGGAGACAUCAGAGGGUCUUUCGAUCCCGUUCUGGCGUACACUUUGGCCGGGGGGCUGCAAACAGAAGAUUCAGACGGAUCUUUCUCACAACUGCAAUCUCAGGAGGAUCAGCCCAUCAGGAGAUGCUCCAGCAGCUCGCAGUUGCUGCACAAACUACAGCAGCAGCUACAGCAGCACCAGCAACAACAGCAGCACCAGCAACAACAGCUUCGUCGUCGACCUAGCAGCAGUGACUCAAAUGAUACUGCGGCGUAUGUGGCCGCUUGUGGCCAGGACACCACAAUUUGCGGAGUUAGGAAUGAUGCAGAAAUGGUACCAGGAGCAACAGCAGCACCAGGACCAUUCGGCAUGAGAGGGUUGGUAGACCCAGUCCUGAAGACAAGUGUAAGUGUUGCUUCUGCUGGCAUGUCUUUAAAGGCUGUAUCAUGCGCAUGUGAAAUCUACGCGUGCUUUCUUGCAAGACAAAGAUUAUACCAUUCGCCUCCAUUAAACGAACUGCAGCACGUGGAUGAAGACGCACGUAAGCUGACGAAUGAUCCAUUGCAGCAUCCUCGCACACCUGGACUGCAUACAAGUGUGCAGCAGCAAGUGUUGGAGCAGGAAGAGCAUGGCCUGCAGCAAUACCAACGCAGGGGAGAAGACGAGUGGCUGCCUGGUGCUCCAUGCUGGCCAGAGCGUCAAAGCAGAUUGAACGAGUCACCUGCCCCUCAGGCAAGCGGCUUCGUGGAGGCCUGCACAGAGAGCAAGGGAUUGGAGGGGGAGCCCGUAUUGUUACCGUCCGGUGGGAAGCCAUCCGCGACUUACUCGGCCCCCUCUUCCCCUGCCAUGCCACCCGCAGGGAAGGCUCUGCCUCAUUUGUCUUCGAAGCAGGAGCAGCAAGCGUCCAUCGGCUCAGGAAGUGGCAACGAUAAGAGCCAGAAGUGUGCAGCGCGUGCUUCGUCAGGCCCAGUGCUGAGGCAAGUGCCGGAGUUGACUCGAGGGGCUAAAUGCGUCAGGGGUGCCCCCCGUGCAACAGUGCAGCAGCUGUAUGGCCAGACAUAUGAUCUCGAAGCCCUCGCCUUGCAGCUGGAUCAAACUCAUAUAGACGACAUAGACCCUGGCGACUUCGACAGGAGUUAUCAUCAAGGCAAACGAUUUGCUGUGGGGGACCUUGGCAGGAAACUCCUUCUAAUUGUCGUUCGAGAAAAACUCGAGGCUGGAGCAUGCGGCCAGCUCAAGUUUUUAACUCUUACUGACCUGUUUCGCCUCGCUCACGAAUUAGGCCUCUGGGAGUUCGCUCUGAAGGUGGCUAUGGCCUACAAGGCGGGUUCCCUCCGCAUUCCAAAGGGGGCGCCUAGUAGCCUUAGUCCAGCUAUUCCCGUGCUCCAUGGAGAAAGCUUCUGUCAAAGCCCCACUAGCAGCAAUAGCUCGAGCUCCAGCAGCAGUAAGAGCGGUGCUGGUGCCAACCAAAACGAGGACCGCGAAGCUGACAUUGAGGCUCCUCGGGGCAGCAAGCGGCGCCUGCAGCCUUUGGCCUUAGAAAGUGACAGCAGUAGCAGCAAUAGAAGGUCACGAUCCCAGCAGUCACGGGAGCUGGAAGAGUCUCUCUUCACCGAGGGGAGUAGCAAUUCUCUCCUCAGGAACCUAAUAGGCCCGCAGGAGGAAAAGCAAGCCGCCGACAAGAUGAUAUGUGGUGCUGCUUGA